AUGAUGACAAAUCCAAAUGAGGGUGACUGCCUCGCUGGUUUAGAUCAGGCAUUCGGCUCAUUGAACACUGUGCAGUGUAAUGACGAUGAUGCUGAUACUACCUCUGACACAGACUGGCGUUCCGCUAGAUUAUCAUCCAGCGACGACAACUGUUCGAGCCUCAAUGACGCCCUUCGCGUCCAACAAUUGGAGGAAGAACAAGAACGAUUGAACAAUUCCUUGUUCUCUUUGAGUUCACACUUCGCUCAAGUCCAGUUCCGGCUCAAACAGAUUGCAGAGGCACAAGGAGAAGACAGAGAGGCACUUCUGAAAAACCUGCAGGAUUUUGCUUUCAAAGGAUGUGCGGAUAUGAACGAGUUGAAAAAAUUGCGUAGCGAAAAUGAAGAGGGCGAGAUAUUGGAAAUACAAAAGCAAAGGCAAAAUGAGUUGUUGAAACAAUUACGCGAGCAAAUUGAAGACCUGGAGCGGAUAGCCUACGAAAAUGGCGAGGGCGAUAUGCCUAGCACUUUGAUUUUACAAAAACAGAAAGCUGCACUGGACGAGUUGCAUGCUAAAAUGUCCCUGAACUUAGAGCUGGACAAGAUGUCGAUGGCCGAUAUUCAAAAGCAUGUUGAUGACGCUCUCAAACAGCUUAUAAACCCGUUCAAAGAAAAGCAACAGCUCGUUGAACAACUACAAACACAAAUUAUUGAUCUUGAGAGAUUCGUGAGUUACUUGCAGAAGGAAAAUAGUUCUGCGGAUGGGUCACCGGCUAAAGCAAUCGCGUCAUCGCAAUUUACUGCAAGCAAACCGAAAUCGAGUUCCUUCUUCGGGCUGAUCGGCGGCUCUGGGCAACGUUUCCAAAAGAACCAACUCAAGAAUACCCUGCGAGGAAAUCACUACGGUGAUGAAAGAGCACGUUUGCAAUUAGCGGUUGAUGCAACCCAACGAGUUUUGGAGAAAUACACGCUGUUAAGUAUCGAGGGCUCAUCGGGUGAAAAGGAGUUACUGGAAAUGGAUGUCGUCAAUGAUGAGAUUUUCGAGCGAUCUGAAGAAGAAGUCGUGUCUGUUGUAAGAAGGCAGUUGUGCCCAUCUCUGAAGGCUCUCUUGGAGCAUGGCAUGCUGAGCGAAACGGUCACACACCGGUCUUUACCAUCAUCCCUUGGAUUGGGAUGUUUUGUAACAAGGAAUGGCGCUAGUCUGUCCAAAGCUACGCCAUUACAACACAUAUGGGAUGUCGUGCUAUAUUUCUAUGGCUCUAAAAAUGGUCGUGAACUAAGUGACGCACCUGUGCGGAAGCUCAGCCAAUCUUUCAAGCUCGAAAAUGUUGCAGGCAAAAGCAUUACUUCAAAACAGAUUUUGCUGACGACCAUUGAGAAUAUUGUUUCCUCUCAUGCUCGCUUGCGUAGGUCCAAGGACGCUCAAUGGAAAGCAUUCGUUUCGGCUGCUAUGAAUGAGAAAAAGCUCCCUGCUUGGCUUCGAAUAAUAUUCCGCACCCGUCAUGUUGUGGAGAUGUGUUACAACAGCUGGAGUUAUGUUGCUAGAACAGGCUGUGAAGAGUUGUACACUUUGUUGGAAGGUCUACACAAGUAUAAUGUGGAUCUCCCAGUCGACUUGGCGCUGCGACCUUUCCAACAAAUGAAGGAUGCAUUUUGA